AUGGCCUGACAGAAGUGACGUCACGAAUGAAGGAUAUCCACGCGGUAGACAGUGUCGCAAUAAGGAUUAUUUUGAAGUGGAAUUUGUGAAAUUUUAAAACCAGUUUACUUUGAAACCAUGACCGAAAACGGCGAAAGCCUCGCCCCUGAUUCCUGGGAUCAGGACGACGCCCAAGAAACCAGCGAAGUUACAUCCCAGUUGUCAAAUCUCAAUGUAAAUGCCCCAGCAUUUGUGCCAGGGCAAAAUGUUUUUGCAGCAGAAUUUGUGCCUUCUUUUCAAACAAAAAGUGUUCCAGAUGAUGGUCCCCCUGCACAAGAAAUGCCAAACAUUACUGAACCACCCCCUACAGGGAAGGACAGCACAAAUACUGCCGAAACAGAAAUGGAGGCAACAGAGAAAUGGGAAGAUGAAGGUGCUGAAGAUGCUGAAAUGGAGGAGGAAGAAGAAGAGGAAGAGCCAGUCAAAAUAGCUAGCUCAGACGAGUCAGGGCCCAAAAAAGAACAUGUUAAUGUCGUCUUCAUUGGCCAUGUUGAUGCUGGGAAAUCAACGAUUGGAGGUCAUAUUAUGUAUGUUACGGGUAUGGUUGAUAAACGUACUCUGGAAAAGUAUGAAAGAGAAGCAAAGGAAAAAAACAGAGAAUCAUGGUAUUUAUCAUGGGCAUUAGACACAAACUUAGAGGAAAGAGAAAAGGGGAAAACAGUGGAAGUUGGUAGGGCAUUUUUUGAAACCGAAAACAAACACUUCACUAUCCUAGAUGCCCCAGGGCACAAGAGCUUUGUACCUAACAUGAUAGGUGGAGCAUCGCAAGCUGAUUUAGCUGUAUUGGUGAUAUCUGCACGUAAGGGAGAGUUUGAGACAGGGUUUGAGAGAGGUGGUCAGACAAGAGAACAUGCUAUGUUAGUGAAAACUGCUGGAGUCAGGCAUUUAAUAGUCGUCAUCAACAAAAUGGAUGACCCCACCGUACAGUGGUCAGAAGACAGGUUUAAUGAGUGCAAGGAAAAGUUAUUACCAUACCUGAAAAAAUGUGGGUUUAAUCCAAAAACUGACAUUUAUUUCUUACCUGUCUCUGGGUUAACUGGUGCAUUCCUCAAAGACAUACCUGAAGAGUCUGUAUGUCCCUGGUACAGAGGACCAUCAUUGAUAUCAUACCUCGACACAAUGCCCUCAUUCAACAGGUCUAGUAAUCUACCUGUCCGUAUGCCCAUUGUAGACAGAUACAAGGAUAUGGGUAUCAUGCUUUUAGGAAAGCUGGAGUCAGGAUGUAUAUCACGGAAUCAGACAUUCCUGCUGAUGCCAAACAGAGCAAGUGUCAAAAUCAUGCAGAUUUUCUCAGAUGACAUUGAGGUAGAAGAGGCCAACCCAGGAGAAAAUCUUAAACUGAAAGUAUCAGGGGUGGAAGAGGAGGAUGUAUCCCCAGGGUUUGUAUUGUGUCCUGCAACUAGUCUGUGUCAUACAGCUAAAACAUUUGAUGCUCAGAUUGUGAUAUUGGAACACAAGUCCAUUAUAUGUGCUGGAUAUAGUGCUGUUCUACACAUUCAUGCAUGUGCUGAAGAAGUAACGAUCAAGGCACUACUGUGUUUAUUAGACAAAAAGACUGGCGAAAAGGCCCAGAUUAAACCCAGAUUUGUGAAACAAGAUCAGGUGGCAAUAGCUCGAAUAGAAGUCAAUGGAGGAAUGAUCUGUUUAGAGACAUUCAAAGAUUUCCCACAGAUGGGACGAUUUACAUUAAGAGAUGAAGGAAAAACAAUUGCAAUAGGAAAAGUUCUAAAAAUCCGAGAAUAAAUGAAACGAAUAAUGACUCAAAGGAAGAAAUUUAAAUGGGAACUAGUUUUGCUUUAAGUGCUCAACAGGAACCCAUCCAUUUGUGGAAAUUCCAAAGAUUACUGAUCAAUUGGACAUGGAAAUGUACUGUGCAGAUUUCUGAUUUGGAAAACAAAUUUCAACUGUACAUUAUUUUUUUUUGUUGCAGGAAAAAUGUUUGCAAUAGGUAAAGUUCUAAAAAUCGAGAAUAAAUGAAACAAAUAUUGACUCAAAGGAAGAAAUUUAAAUGGGAAUUAGUUUUGCUAUCAGUGCUCAACAGGAACCCAUUUGUGGAAAUUCUAAAGAUUACUGAUCAAUUGGACAUGGCAACGUACUGUGCAGAUUUCUAAUUUCUAUUCUUUGGAGGUUUAUUAUCAAACAAGGUGCUUCAUUAUGUGUAUGUUCUUUUUAACAUUCAAGUAUUGUUUUAGAAAUUAUGCUUCUAGAUUUUUCUUUUUUUACUAUGCAAUUUGCUUUAAAAAAAAAAAAAGUAAUAGUGAAAUUUUGAUCAAGUAUGGUUUUUGUAUUUUGUGUUCGUCUUGCCAGUUGUGACUUGAAAUUUAGCUAGGUAUUAAUUGCAUCAAAAAUUUUUCAUUUGUUUUUGCUUUUCGGUUUUUUUUUUAAAGAUACAUAUCAAAACGGUUGUAAAAUAUUUCUCUAUUAAUGACAUAUGCAUAGAUGAAGUAAAUUUAAAAUAAGAAUAUAAAACUGUAAUUCUGUUCAAACUGAUUAAAGAAUUAAAAAGGGACAAAACAACACAUUCGUAAAUGGUUGCUAGAGAAGCAAUUAGCAAUUGUUAUGAUACAUGUAUAUACAUAAUGUAUCAAAAAAGCAUUUCAGAUUUAUUUAUGUUACUGACAAGUUCAGUUUGUGCAUGUUAAUGUUAACUUUAUACAUACUGUUAAAGAUUUCAUUUGAGAAAUCGAUGUGACAUAUUUCUUUUAGAAGGCACACCUGGAGGCUGAAAUUUCAUAUUUUCUACUAAAUGUACAACAUUUUACAAAAACAAGGGGAAAGUGUGCUGACAUUUUAAUGUUUUUAUUCAAUGAAUGAACUGUCAACAAAAAGUACAUGUAUUUGCUAUAUGCUUACAGUUCUCUAUUAUACAGUACAUACAUGUAUCAUGAAAUUUUUCUGGAAAAUCUCUUUUAAUGUCACUUUAUCAUAUGCAAGAAGUGCUGAUAAGAUUUGACACCUUGAUUGACCAAAAAAAGGGGGGAAAAAAUAAAGAUUUCAGCAAAGAUUUUA